UACAAACAAAAUGAAAAGUGAGAGUAGAUACCUGCUACUGUUAACAGAGAAUUAUGGUACAUUAACAAUCAUACAACAACAGAUUCUGUCUAGGAGAGGUGAUAUCAGACCGAUUACCAUAUUUGGUAGUAGCUUUAGAAGUGACCAGGAAUAUACACAGGUAUGUCGAAACAUCAAUAAGAUCAAAGUGUGUAUGGAGACAGGGAAAACUGUGAUAUUACUGAACUCAGAAAAUCUCUAUGAGAGUUUAUAUGACGCCCUCAAUCAAUAUUAUGUAUAUUUUGGCGGAGAGAGAUACGUUGAUCUUGGACUAGGAACACAUAGAGUCAAAUGUCCAGUACACAAAAAUUUCAGACUGAUAGUGGUAGCAGAGAAGCAGACAGUAUACAAGAAGUUUCCUAUACCACUAAUCAAUCGUCUAGAGAAACAUUUCCUCACCAUCAACACAAUGUUGUCACCAGAACAACAACAAGUUGUAGAUAAGUUGGAGAACUGGGCAAAGGAGUUUGUAAAACAGAGAAAUGUUGGUUAUGCACAUAGAGGUAAAACAACAGCCACAAAAGUAGGUGAUGUUUUUAUUGGUUACCAUGACGAUACAUGUUCAGCCAUUGUUCUAGAUGUUUGGAACAAACAUACAGAGAUAGAGAAUGAGACAGACAGGGAUACACAGGUUUUACAAGAAUCUAAGGCAGUGUUGCUGUGGUGUGCUACACCUGAAUCCCUGAUCAGACUGGAACACAGUAGCUUGACAAACAGGGAGAAAGAGUUGUUGAAAGGAUGGUACUUUAACAAACAAUCACAUGACAACCUUCUACAAUAUCUGAAUGUCAAAAUAGUUAAACAGGAAUGCAGGCAAUUAUUUUCACAGAUAACAACCCAUUCCAAACUGAUGGCAGGUGUUCACAAAGGAGAAAUUAGUAAAGCCACUGGAAUAGAUGUUGACAAAAUACUCCUGCUAGAAACUUUGUCAUCAUUUGAUACUGAACAACAGUUCAGUAACAGGAUUCUACAGCACAUUCAGGGUACAGGAAAAGACCCAAGUCUUAUGGUGAUACAGUGUGACUCAGGUGACAUGAACGCCAAUCUGAUUGCGUGUGCUCGCUACUGCGUCAUGGAUGAAUUUGAAAAGAUGCGUGAGGAACUAAGAGCUCCCAUCCAUGUUGUAUUUAUUGUACAGCUCCCACGAGGGGCCUCAUUCACAGGAUUUCAGUGUGGACUUUGGCACUCUGCACAUAUAGAUGACCUGUAUCCAGAAGAUAUGAACAUGCCUACACUACAAGACAUGCAAGGAAAAUCUAUAUCUAAACUCUUCACAGAUUAUGUUAAAGAACCUUCUGCAAUGGAAAUUGAUGAGGAUGUUCCUAGAGAAAUUGCUCAGACAGAAGAAGAAAUGGAAUGGACUGGUGCAGAAGGUAGAAAUGAUUCACCAAGACAGGGAAUGGAUGAAAACAUUGUGUACACAAAUGACUUGGACUUUGAAAAUAGAAUGGGAAAUGCCCCACUUCAAUUAGAUGAUGUACUUUUAGAUUUGAAAAGUGUAGAUAAGCAUGGAGGUGAAGGUUUUAAUAAAGGAUAUGGUCAACAUAGACUGAAUGUUAAAGGAUUGAUAUUAUCCUGUGUACAGGCAGCAUUGUCUAUGGUGAAGGAUAAGGUAGAAAAUACAAAUAAAGAAACAGACAGGGUCGGACUGGUUCUGAAAUUGCUCCACCAGGAACAAGUUGAAGGUCAAGCAUCUUUCCUACACGGAGUAUGUUGUCUCAUAGCCAAGCUUCUGAAAGAAAAGGAAUCAAAGACACAUGUUGCCCACAUGGCACAGCAUUGGCUGAUAAAUGAAGCUGCAUCUUCUGAAAACAUCAACAAAGCUGGAACAUUUAGGCGAUCAUGUAUACAGACUUUGGAGACAAAAGUAGCACCAAUCUUAGCUGGAAUUAUAGCUUAUUUGGAUACCAAUGAUAACAUGAAAAUUUUACAAGAAGAACAUUUCAAGUGGAAACAAGAACUAUGGCUCACUUACUUGAACACUGUGGAUGCCAUCAAUCUACAGUUCACAGAUUUGCAGUCUCCAAAAAGACAGAGUGACCUACCAGAGGUUGUUGUCAUGACAACAGGAUGUGAAGGUCAAAUGUUCAGUGCAAGAAUGCCAUUUUCCUGGCUGCUUAUAAACCAGAUUAAUGAAAUCUUGAAAUUACAUCAUCCAGUGGCAGAGUCACAUGACCAUGAAGAAGUAGAUGAAGUCUGCUCAAAAACAGAAUCUUCAGUGAAGGUAUUGAGUGAGCAUGCACUGGGUAAAGUAUUGAGUUGUAUAACAGAGGAACAUGAUGUAGCAGAAGCUGUACAAGAAUAUAUCUAUGACUUUGUCCAGACCAUGUAUAAAGCUGCAUCAGUACAUGAACAACAGUUGGUAUGUCAGACAGUAUUCUAUAUGACCACUCAAAUGGCAAUGGCAAACAACACAACAGAGAACUCCCUGCUACAUAGUUUAGUGACUGUGCAUAUUGCCUACCAGAAACUUGCACCUAGACUGACCUACUUCAGGGCUAUGAACAGUGUAUGGCCAGAAUGUAGUUCCACUAUUGUAGACUUGAAAGCCAAAAACCCUGAUCAUUUUAUGUUCAAGGAACAAGAAUUU